AUCUAUCAACCAUCAACACAAUGUGAAGAAACAGCAGCUUUGACGUCAUGAUGUUUAUGUGGACACUAGAACACCGCUAGCUGCAGGGCUAACUGAGCUAACUAGCUAACUGCAGCAAAAGUCUACAGCAGUUGGCUGGUUUUCUGGUGAUAUACCACAGAGGUAUCUUUAAAACUUUAUGUUUAUUUUCCAAAACAAGUCCCAGACUUACUUCUCGGGGCUUUUCUCCGACAGUUUCUCUGACAGCGGAGCAGAAGAAGCAGGAGGCGGAUGUGGGACGUUGAUGAGCAGCUCAGUCGCUCUCCAGGGUGCUGAACUCCUCCUGGUUGUCACUUCCUUGUAGAAAUGUCCGCCUUGCUUCUAACUCAUAAAUACUGUAAACUACACCUCUGGAACGCUUUCGUUUAAAUAUUUAGCGCCUGGUUUAACCACAGGACUGGAGGUAGUUUUUAAACGUCUUCGUGGAGGAUAUAAAUCCGAGACACGCAUGAGAGGAGAGUGGAGGAGAGGAGAGGAGGGGCCGAGGUGAGGACCGGUGGACAGGGAGAGGCAGGACACGGAUAAAGCUGAGAGCAGAAGAAGUUGUAACACCUACAGGAGCUCAUCUGCUUUACACCUGGAAACAAACUGCACAACAAACAGGAUGGAGGACACUCGUGUGGCACGGAGACAGGAGGAGGAGGAGGAGGAGGAGGAGGUGAGGCUGGUGUCCUCGGACAGCGCGUACGGGUCAUCAGCGGUGGACACGGACACAGAGGACGGACAGACUCCCACAGACACCACCUGGCCUUACAAUGAGGACAUCACACACAAGACCAUCCUGGUGGGGGACAGCGGGGUGGGCAAGACCUCCCUGUUGGUUCAGUACGACCAGGGCAAGUUCCUCCCGGGGUCCUUCACUGCUACAGUCGGCAUUGGUUUCACAGGUUAA